AUGGUGGACCUCUUCAUUGACCGCAUCCUGGUGAAGAACAACAGAGAGCAGGACGAGCUGGACACAGAGCGUGAAAUCAUCACGCGACUGCAGAAUCGCAUCCUGAUGCUUUUCUUUGCAUCUGCUGCAUGUCAGAGCUGCCAGCAGUUUGCGCCCACGCUCUCAGACUUCUUCAAAAGGUUGACAGAUGAGUUUUAUGUAGAUCGCUCUGCUCAGCUUGUUCUCCUCUACGUCAGCUUGGACCAGUCAGAGGAACAGCAGGAGAGCUUCCUCAAACAGCUGCCCAAGAGGAGCCUGUUCCUGGCCUAUGAGGACCCCUACAGGAGGGAGCUGGAGGCCAUGUUUAAUGUGGAGGAGCUGCCCACAGUGACGGUGCUGCGUCCAGACUCCUCCAUCCUCGCCUCCAAUGCAGUGGAGGAGAUUAUCUGCCUCGGCCCAGACUGCUACCGCAACUGGCAGGAAGCGGCAGAGCUCAUUGACAGGAACUUCAUGAUCAACGAGGACUUUGGGCAGAAGCCCAUGUGCAGCCUGAGCGAGCCUGUGAGGAGGCUGAAGUACAAGGUGGAGGGUGAGAAGAGGAAGAAGAAGAAGAAGGAGAAGGAGAAGGGUAGAGGGGGGGAAGCAGGUGGAAAGGUGGGCAUUAAUGAAGGAGGGUCACCUUUUUGA